AUGAUAUUGUUCAGCCUCAUACUUGCUCUUGGCCUCAUGGCGACAGCCGACAGCUUCAAAUUCCAGUCGGAGGAAUAUGUCUACAGUGAUUAUUUCGACAAACGCUGCUUCAAAGCGUUAACAGGCGACAUUGAAUGCAACGACCGGACCAGGAUGUUAGGGAGUUCUGCUGUCGCGGGCUGGGUCGGGAGUAAUGCAACCGCUGACGGCGCAUGUACCUCGACUUGCUUUGAUUCACUUCAAAGAUGGAACGAGUCUGUUACCAAGGAAUGCACCAGAGACAUGAACAGAGCCUACCCCCCGCGUCAACUUGAAGAUACAGUCAAAUUGGCCAACGAGGUGCGGCAAAUGUGGAACGCGACCUGUAUUAGGGAUACCAAGUCGGGUCGGUAUUGCUUUGAUGUCGUGGACGAGAUACGCGGAUCACAAACAUACGGCAAGAAAACACCAUUUAAAGAACCAUGCCAUCCCUGCUACGGCAUGGUUGUCAGUGCGAUGUUGAAUUCCUCGAUAGAAGUCGAGGUAUGGAGCUUGGAUAAUGAUUACUGGAAAGGCCAACUUGAACUUGUCCAUGACAAAUGCGGAGGUCCAGAUAAGAUUGAGAAGAACCUCGAAGAACAGAGGAUAUACAACGCUUCUCAUCCCAGGGAGCCAGAGUUGAUGAAGAAUAAUGGUAUGACGUCUAGAGUCAACCACAUAGGGGUCUGGAUUGCAGUGCUCAUCUAUGGAUGUAGUGUCUUCAUGUCACAAACCAUUUAG